CCACUCCAUUUCAAUUAGCAACAAAAUAGAAACCCUCAUCUCCCACCACCAAAAAAACGAAGAAGAAAUGAUGGUAGGAGAGAGAAGCGUUGGGCAUACUCCGCCGUGGGCAGAUGAUCCGACCACCGCAAUCAAUGCAAUCGACGACUACUCUUUAUUCUUCCAGACCGACUCCUUGAAGGCGCUGCAGCGCUACUUACCUUCCAACUCAAGCGACGUCGUUCCGGAUGCUGAUUCGGACGGCGCAGACUUCGUUCCCGUGGACGCGCACUCAUGCGAUAACUUCCGCAUGUUCGAGUUCAAGGUCCGCAAGUGCGCCCGCGGCCGUUCCCACGACUGGACCGAGUGCCCCUUCGCCCACCCGGGCGAGAAGGCCCGCCGCCGCGACCCCCGCAAGUUCCACUACUCCGGCACCGCCUGCCCGGAGUUCCGGAAGGGCACCUGCCGGAAGGGCGACGCCUGCGAGUUCUCCCACGGCGUCUUCGAGUGCUGGCUCCACCCGGCGCGUUACCGCACGCAGCCAUGCAAGGACGGGAUGGCCUGCAAGCGCCGCGUCUGCUUCUUCGCCCACGCGCCCGACCAGCUCCGCGUCCUCAGCCCACGCGCCUUCAUCGCGUCGCCGGAGUCGGUCUCCCCGCCGAUGACGGAGUCGCCGCCGAUGUCGCCGACGGUGAGCGAGAUGGUGGCGUCGCUGCGGCAGCUGCAGCUGAGCAAGGUGAAUUCGAUGCCGUCGUCGUGGCUCGGGGGGUGUCCGUCCCCGCGGAUGCUGCCCGGGUAUUUCAGCGUGCCCACGACCCCGACGAGGGCCGUGGCCCGGCCGGGGCUCGCGUGGGAGAGCGAGGAGCGGGUCGAGUCAGGGAGAAAGUUGCGGGACAAGAUGUUUGAGAAGUUAAGCAAGGAGAAUCCACUGGAUCGGGUCGAGCCGGAUCCAAACCCGGAUGUGGACUGGGUGGCGGACCUGAUCAAUUGAAGAGGGGCUUGUUGUGAAUAUGUGAGGUUACAGGGGGCAGAUGUGUCUUUUUCGGUGGAAAAUUGUAAAUAGUGAAGAAUGGAAAUUGGAAAUUUUCUUUAGACUCUACUUUGGAAGGUUAUUUAAUACUGAAAUUACAAAAUUAGGGCUCAUUUGAAUGCUCAAGGAUGGAAGCAUCUCUGGAGAAUGGAGCUCGCCGUGUUUUAGUGCCUAAGCGUCUCCCCUAAUUGCUCUACCUUUAUUAGCGUUAAUGCGAUGCAUUAUUCUCUAUUUACUUUUUAAGUUUCUCCCAAACUUACAUAUUAUUGUAAAUUAUGAGGUUGUGGUAAUUAAUGCAUGUCUAUUUCAUAUACUUUGUCAA